CUGUCGUCUGUGCAAAAAUAAGACAAGCAGAAAGAAGUUAAAAAAAAAAGUAUUACUCCAACAUGGCAUGCUCUGAACUUAAUUCGAGUGUUGGAUUGCUCCAAAACACUCAAUUCGAGUGUUGGAUUGCUCCAAAACACUCAAAGUGUUCUAUAGCAUUUCUGAAAAAAAAAAAAGCAUUCCAUUUGCACCUACGAAAAGAGUCAUGGGCUCAGAUGCGUGCAAGAUAAGAGAGUCUUUGACAACCCGGCCCACGCUGCAUGCUGCUGGGCUGGCUGCGCUCAAACGUUGAAGUUCUUGGUCGGGGUCGGGCCUGUUUUGGGCCCAUCAGCCAGCCACCCAGGCGUGUGCUCGUGGCGUCCGCGAUCAUCCGUCUCUCAAGCUUUCCGGAACAGCACACGUGGCGUCAGCAGGACCGCCACGUGUCGCCCAUGCAUGAAUUCGCCUUCCUAGGCCGACCGACCAGCACGUGUCCCUAGCACAGGCGCCGCUGGCACCCUGCUGAUCCCCUCUUUAAAAAUGGGAACCGGACGCGUCACGCUCCCUGCUGUACACAUCGCAUACUCCUACGUUGAACAAAUUAAUUAACAGCUACGUGCAUCAUUAGCUAUUCAUCAGCUGCCUGCAACUAAUCAAUUGUCCACCGGCGAGAAGGAGAAGAUGCAGGCGGUGAAGGAGAAGGUGAAGGACGCGAUGAGCACGGCGAAGGCGAAGGCGAGGGAGCAGGAGGCGAAGGCGGAGGAGAAGGCCGGCAAGGCGACGGCGAGCUCGAGCGCCGAGAAAGAGCUGGUGCACCAGCGCGCCAAGGCCAAGGUCGCCGCCGCCAAGAUGGACCUCCACCAGGAGAAGGCCAUCCACAAGGAGGAGGCCAUCGCGCAGAAGCUCCACCAUGGUCGUCGCCACCACCAGCACCACUACGGCGGCUACGGCGCCGGUCCCGGCGUCGUCGGACCAGCAGCGACGACGACUGCUGCUACUACUGCUGUCCCGCCGGCACCAGCAGCCACCACGGCGGCCGCCGUACCGCCGCCGCCAACGACGACGGCUGCUGGACCGCUGCAUCACCACCACGCUCCGGCGGCCAACCGACACUACUACUAGCUACUGUAGUUUUUUGUUCAUCACUUAAAUUAGUUUGCUUCCGUGUGUAUGUGUUAGCUGCCGGCCGGCCGCUUUUGUAUCUCUCCUUUUUGUAUUUUCCCUUGCUUUUUUUUUAUAGAAAUACAAAUACGUGUUGCUGGUA